AUGAGUGACAGUAAUGAUCAAGAUAAUCUUUUCGAGUUUGAAGCAUAUUAGUUACAAUAAUUUGAUUAUUAAGACGAUUAGAGUACCAUUAAUAAAAACACAAACUACUCCAACACAAAUGAUGAUUUGAAAGAUAGAAAAGUAAAAGUAGAAUUUACAGAUCAAGUGAUAAGAUUUAAUCCUAAAGAAACAGUAGCUUCAUCUAAUAUAACAAUAACAAAUUAGAAUAAGGCCAAUGGAUUAAAGAUUAUAAGUACUGGUAAUACUGGGUCAUCUUCUCUAAAUAAAGAAGAUAAUAAUGAUUUACAGUUUAAAAAAAGUCAAAAAGUAAAAAAACUACAAACUGAAUAUAAAGAUCACAUUGAAACAUAGUAGGCUCUAAAAGAGUUUUAAGAUAAAGAAUACCAAUUUAGAUUUAUUAUUGAUAAUUUUAUUUAGGUAAACAAUUUUAAGCAAUAGUAGUUGGAAUCUUAAAAAUAGCUGCUUUACAAGCUUUAAAAUAGCAGGUAUACAUAAUUUGAUAAGAGCGAUCCUCUUCUGCAUAUUAACAACAAUAACAAUCUAAGAACUUUUGCAAACUAAAAAAUCAAUAAAUAUGAUGAGUAUUAUCCAGAAGAGAUUGAAGAGAUUUUGUGCAAAUUAAAGGAUAAAAUUCAGAAAAUAGUUGAUAAAGUGAAAGAAGAAUAGUUUUAUACCAAGACACUAUGCCAUAUGGAGUAAAGGUUAAUAUUGCAGAAGGAAGAGGUGUAAAAACUUUAGCUUGAAUACGAAGAACUUAAUGAAGCUGUUGAAAAAAACAUAGCCUAUCUUGAAGAUGAUGAAAAAGAAACAAAAGCUUAAAAUACUUUAAAUGUUUGUAAAUAACAAUAUGUUAAGAAAGCUAUGAAUCACAUAGAAGAGAUUCAUAAAACUGUAAUGUAAAAAACUAAUCAUCUGCAGUAAAUAGCUGAAACAGAUUUAAAGUUAGAAAUUGACUAAUACAAAGAUAUAAAGGAAAGCUUAGUAGAAGCAAAUGAAAUUUUAAAAGAAACAUAAUAAGAAAUAGAAUAUUUAGGGCAUCAGCAUAUGCUUAAAUUAAAAUAGUAACAAGAUUUAGAUUCACUUUUGAACCAUUUAGGUGAUUUUGAUAUGUUAGCAAGAGUUUUUAUUUACGAUGAUCCUGCUAAUCACUUUAAUAGUUAAAUGCUGUUUGAACCAAAAAUAGAUUUUAGUAUUUUAGAUGAAGAAAAUGAGGUAGUUUCAAGUGAACAAUAGAAAAAUAACUCAACAAAUAAUAAGUCUGUAACUCCUAAAUCUUCAAAUAUUUUAAAUCAAUUAGAAGAAAAAAACAACUUCUUAAACUUACUAAAUAGCAACAACUAUGCGAAUCACAAUAAUUAGAGCAAAUAUACUUAAAAAAUUUUAAAAUCUAAAAAUUUAUUGCUACAUUCUUUAAAACUUAACAAGAAACCUACUUAAAUUAAGAAUGAUCUAGACUCUGAUGAGGCAAAGGCCUAAUUUAUAAUAUUGAUCUUAAAUUAAUUUUAUGAAUUCCACAACAACGAUAUAACUGGAUUGUUUAAUUAGUUACAAGAUAAUUAUAUAUAUGCUUGCAAACUUGGCGAUAACCUGAGUGCUAAAGUAAUAUAAUUAGAAAUGGAUAAAAAAAAGUAUUAAGAGGAGUUAAUUUCAACAGAAAGCGAAGCAGAAAAAGUAAAAAAAAAGUUUUAUUAAAAAAAGAAAAAAAUAGACAUAAUGGAGGUAGAUAAAGAGCUUGAUCAAUAUUCAUACAACUAAAUUAUUUCUAGCUUCUUUGUUAACGAUUAAUUCUUGGAUAAUUAUUAUAAUUCCGAAGAUGAUAAUCCUAACUUAGAUAUUUAUUAACUUCUCAAACAAAAUGAGAUUCCUUAAUAAUCUUCAUUCUAGUAAGAGCAAGAUGAAUUUAAGAAGUUUUUUAGCCUGCUGAAUCAAAUUAGAGAUAGAGGAGAUGGAUAAAAUUAAGAGCUAAACGAUCUGGUCGACGAAAGUAUUAUGUUUUUAAGAGGGUGGAAAGUUGAAAGUAAAGAGCUAGACUCAACAAGUCGCUACUUGAUUGUUUAAGAAAUGAAAAAAUUGAAUAUUAAGUAUCUAACUAGUAAUAUAUUAACAGAAAAGAAUAUCCUUGAUUGCUUAACUUUAGAUGUUGGCGAUUAAAACUAUUUGUUUGGUAUUUUAAAAAUAUUUGAUAAAUCUUUUAAAGAUAGAUUCACCCUUAAACAAAUUUGUGAAAGAAUAUCAAAAAAGUUGUAAUCAAAAGCAUUUGAUGAAUAAGAAAAGCAGCUCAUACAAUAGAAUAUUGAAACUAUCUACCAACAAUCUAAAGAUUUCAAUAUCAAAAGAUGUAAAGAUUUCUUUUUAGAGAUCAUUGAAAGUCAUUGCUUUAUAUAUAAGUACACCACUAAGGCUUAACUUUUGAAGCUGAUUAAUGACACAAAGUAGUAGUAUGAUUCUGAUUUAGAAGAAUACCUCUUAAAUAAUUAAGAUUUUAAAGAGGGAAACUAAAAAAUAAAUAUCGAUGAAAAUCAUAUCAUACGUAUUUUUUUGUAAAAGUGGGACUGGAUUUUCGAAAAAGCUUGUAACAGAGCUAGAGAAUGGAUAUAUGACAUCAUGUCUCUAUUUAAAAAAGUUUUAAUGAUAAUUUUAAGGCGAAAAAUGAUCUUGAGCAAGCAACUAGGUUUAAUGGAUUGGUAUGAUGAAGAAGGAGUUCUCCAUCAUUGGUAUGAUCCAGUGAACACAUUUAAUACUAAACAGUUUGAUUAGAAACUAAACUAAAUUAUAAGUACAAUACACAGUAAUAAAUCUAAAUAAAUUUCUAUGUAUCUUGGAAAGCACUUUGAGUCAACCCUAGAUACUUUUUAAUGCACUACCUUAGAUACUCAAAUUCCAAUCAGGACCAAUAAAAAAAAUAACAUUUUUAGUAUAGUCAAGGAGUAAGUAGAUUACAUGGAAUAAGGAGAAGAAUUCAUAAACAUAAAAGAUGAUUUAAUCUAAUUUGAAACUGAUAGAAUUUAAAUUAAAAAAAUCGUUGAUUAAGUUUAUCGUCCAUCUUCAGCAGGACUUCCUACUUAAGUGGACGAAGAACAGAAUGAGACUUCUAUAGGAGCAUCUAAUAUAAACUCUAAUGAAACAGGAUCUAAGAGAUAGAGGGCUUAUUCAGCUAAUAAAGGUGAUGAAAACUCAAGAACAAAAACUACUGACUUGAGUGUAUCAGGCCAAUUACAAUCUAUUAGUAAUAUGAAAAGUACUUAAAGCAAGAUUAUCCAGUAGAGUAAUUUAAAUAAUUCUUAGUAGAUAAAGAAGAUUAAAAAUGAUGGGUAAAAUUCAGUUUGUAUGUCAGGUAAAAAAAAAAGAGGCUCGAUAAUCUAAAAUAAGUCAAAAAAGAGAAAAGGUGGUGUUUCAAGUGCUGGAGAAGAAACUGCUGCUUCUAUGAAUGAUUUACCAAGUGGAGAGUAUCAAAAAAAGUAACCAUAAAACUAGGAUACUCUGAAAGCGUAAUAAUAACAAUAGUUUUAAGGACUUCUAAAUAGCUUAGGGGUUAGCCAAAGUAAUACAGUAAAGAAUAAAAUUUUAACAGAGUUGACUAAAGAAAUUUAAAAAGUUGAUAAAAACGAACUUAAAAGCCUCAUACAAUCUGAAAGGAAUAAUAUAGUCCACCAAUAGGAAGAAUAUAGAAAAGCUCGAGACUUAUAUAUAAAAGAAAAGUAAUUUGAUGAAUAUCAUGAGAAACUUUCAGCAGAAAUAUAAAAAUAGAUAGUAUAUCUAUAGUAAUAGAUAAGUUAAGCAAAUAAUAUCUCUCCUUAGACAAUAAAUUAAUUGAAUUAAUAAAUGCAAUAAUUGCAAGCAUAAUUUUAACGAUUGCAACUGGGAGGAUUGAAGUCUGUUCCAGCUUAAUUCAAAAAAAAAUAAUAAUCAGCAAUUUAAGUAUUGGAAUAGUAGUAAGCCCAGUUAUAAUAGCUAUAAUCGGUAGCAUAUCAAGCUCAUACAAAGCGAAAUUUUCUAUCAGGUACUACAUCUUCUAAUGCUAACACCAUUCAAAAUCAAAAUAAAGAAUAAGACAAUAACUCAUAAGAAAAUAAAUAAAACAAAAAGAAGCAAGUUUUUCUUGAUAUACUUAAAGAAAAAUGGGAAAAAAAAGAAAUUUCAAAAAUGUAGUCAUAAUAAAUGAAAGGAUUUGCUUUUACCACCGAAAUUUAGAAGGAUAAAGAAGAUUUAAAUAAUACUAAAAAGAGAGAAUCUUUUUCUAUAAAAUCUUGA